GUCCUUUUAGUUUACAACCCCUUCUCUUAUCACCAGCUGCUUCCAAUUGGGCCUAUGAUUGCCUGGCCUUACGGCGAUGGCAUCCAUCGCUAUCGAGGUUGAGCCCGAAGUCAUUGGCCAUGAGGAGGACCUGUCCAACGAACAUCCCAGCGAGGAGGCUGAGGAGGAGCCCGGAAUCCCCUCGGAGAAGAGCCACCCACGGCUUGCGCACGCGCGCCGGAAGGUCACGGAGGAGCCCCAUGUGCCUUCGAGUGAGGACGAAGAGACGGCGCACCUCGUGUCUGGCCAUGCCCGUCACAAAGAGACUGAGGAGCAUGGAAAGAUGACCGCCGUACAAGCUGCAUCGAAUUUAGUGACCUGCAUGGUGGGGGCCAGCGUUUUGAGCUUGCCGCGCAUGGUGGCCAACAACGGCUGGGCGCUCGGCCCCUUAAUGGUCGUACUGGCGGGCCUGGUCUCCUACCAAGCCUGCGUUUUGGUGGACCAAGCAAUGGAAGCCAUUGCUGAGAUCCAUGGCCAGCAUCCCAAAAACAUCGGGGACGUUGUCCAGGAGUGCUUCGGUCUGCGCGGCAAGCGAGCUGUCCUGUUUCUGACCUGCGUUUUUCAGAUCAGUAAAUGCGGCGUGUACUUUGUGGUGAUUGGCACCAACCUGAACUAUGCCAUGGAGACGGUGUCGUUGAGGGCUUGGUCAGUGACAGGUGCUAUGAUUUGUAUGCGCCUGAUCUUCGUCCGUGACAUCACUGUGAUCUCGCAAUGGUCCUUCAUAGGUGUGCUAGCUUCCUUCGUGUACCUGCUGACCAUUUCAGCAGGAGGCAUUGAGGCCGCGGCCACACGACACACAGUCACCAAGCUAUGGCCAAGCACGUAUAGCAAUCUUCUGGCCGAUUUCGCAGUGAUGGUGUAUGCAUACUCCCCGAUUGAUGUGCUACCCGUGAUGAAGCACGACAUGAAGGAGCCCCGGCAGCUCUACUGGUCGUUGCGGGUGGCCUUCAUGGUGGUGAUCCUCAUCUACGUGAGCUUGGGCUCAGUCGCCGUCCUCGGUUGGGGCGAUCGCUUGACGGGCAAUGUCUUGCUCUCCAUGUGCGAACCACCAGGAUGCCCUGGUCAACUGCCAGCAGGUACGGUGCCCGGCAAGAAGUGGCUGCUUGGCUAUUGCUUGGCCUGCGCCGUGGUCUCCAACUUGAUGGUCACUGCCCCCGUAGUCCUGUACUGCGUAUUUCGAGUUCUGGAGGCUGAGAACCCGCAUCUUCUGGCAAAUGGAUUGGUCAAUCGAGCUGCGCGGAUCAUCACUGUGUUGGGUGCCUUGAUGAUCGCCCUGUUCAUGCCCUUCUUUACCGAGAUCCUCGCGGUAAUAUCCACGGGGCUGCUCAGCUUGCUCCAAGUGUUUGUGCCCGUGGCCAUUACGCUGGCGCUUCAUCUCCGCCGAAGUACGGGUGGCUUCGUGUGUUUUCUGCGGGAAAUGAUGCUGACGCUGCUUGGUUUAGGUAUGUUGACCUCCGGCAUGUCCAGCGCUCUACGAAACCUCUACCGCGCCAUACAUCAUAUGUGAGCCACGAUCAAUAUAUGACAGUCAAGGG